AUGUCAGGACACCACCGCAUCACCCUCGCCGCCAACCCUCCCUAUUUCAAUGGGGACAAAUCUAAAUAUCUGGGCUUCGUAGACUCAUGCACCACCUACAUUGGUGCCUACCAAUCAGAGUUCUUGCAGGAUGAGACCAAAAUCCUCUUCGUCCUCUCCUACCUCUGCAACGAGAGCGGCACGAGCUGCGCUGCCUCAAGAUGGGCGAUGAACUGGAAGCAGCACAACUUUGAUGGCUUCCAGGGACUGAAGGCAGGAGUCACAUCAAAGAAUUUCCUGGAGGAGCUUCAGAGGGCCUUUGGGGACUCCAAUGCGGAACAAGUCACCGCUGCUCAACUCAUGGCCCUGCGCCAGAACAAACGGUCCUUCGCGGACUACAUCUCCAACUUUGAGAUGUUGGCAUCGGAUGCGGGAUACAAUGUGGUCGACACCACCGACGACAAGGGCGAAUACAAGAAGGGAGACCAAGACAAUAUCCUCAUCGAGUUCCUGGAGCGCGGACUCAGUAGUGAGAUUGCCAGCUGUCUCUACAACACGGGUGUCCCUCUGCCCAAGGCCUAUGGGGUGUUCAAAGCCUGGUGCAUCAACAUCGAAGCCAAUGCUCUAAGCGACCAGCUACGCAAGGCAUCCUACGGACAUCCCACACCACGACCACCUCCCCAGUUCCACCCGCAGGCUAUCCUGACAAUGCCUGCACCCGCACCAGCCCGACCUGCUGCCAACGAACCGGUUCCGAUGGAAAUCGAUUGCACCCACGCCCGCAGCCGCAAUAUCAUCUGCUACAACUGUCAGCAGCCUGGGCACAUCACGCGGAACUGUCCAGAGCCAAGGAAGAAGCGCACUUUCUUCAAUCGGGCCAUGAUGCUGGAAGAGAUCGAGAACGGGGACAAGGACAACAAGUUCCUCAAGGAGAUCGCUGAGAAGCUGCGCAAGAAGGGUUUUUGA